AGAAACGCAUCAUGAGGCAAAGACAGGUUGUUACAACAACGGAGGUGCCAAAUUUUAUUUUCCAGAAUGUGUAUAUUACACAGACUGAGACUGCCACAGAACCUUCAUUUACAUCUAACAAGCCAUAUACUCUGUAUAAAAUAGAGUAUGAAGCCUGGUAUUUAACUGAGGAAGAAGAGUUUAUCCUGCAGAAGAAAGUGGUUUGGAGAAGAUUCAGAGAAUUUGUAAAUCUUCAUUCCAGGUUGGAAAACAGUGACUUGUAUAAAAAAUGCAUCAAAGAUGUGAAGGGCCCAAAGAAAUGGCUAACCAUGCCUUUUGGUAUAGGGAACAUGGGACAAGAGAACAUUGACAGUAGGAAGAGCACCUUGGAGGUGUACUUACAGACCCUGUGUGCCAAGAGUGAGCUGAACACCAGUGCAGAGAUGAGAGAGUUCCUGGCAUAUGCUGGGGAUGGCAACAUAGCCUUUGUAAAGAAACCUCCUCAAGUCACACAGAUAGACAAGGUGAUAGUAAAGACAGUGUCAGGUGUGUUUGACAAGCUGGACAAGUUGGUAACAGUGCCUACUAGAGAGAAGAGGGCCAAACUAGAGAGCACUUCUCCCACCACUGCCGCCGAUGUUGAACUGCCAGAGGAUACAGAUGCUCUGAGGAUAAGAUCCAAGGCUGAAAGUGAGGAUCAAGUACUUAUGACUACAGCACUUGAAGAAUUAGUAUCUUCCCAUGAAGCAGUUGGCAAUGAGGAUGGUACUGUCACAUGCAAGGAUCAACGUGCAGCUUCUGCUGGGACAGAAAUGCUGCUUUCUAGACUCAAACACCAAUUAUCAAUUCAAGAAGAAAACAAGGACUUGAAAUUGCAGGAUGAAACUCUUUCCAGUCAACCGGCAGCUCCUGUGAAAAACUGUGAUCCUAAUGAAAAGUUAUCUCCAGGGAAAAGUGAUAAACCCCAGGGCUCAAUUUUUGGGAAGAAAAUGAAAGACAUGACAAGUAACCCUGGAUUCCUUGAAGAUGUUAACAGUGACACAAUCAGUCCACUCACAAAUACUGAUGAAGUGAAAAAUUUGAAAGAUUGUACAGUUUUGGAUGAGCCUAAUGCCACAUGUUUAUUGACAGAAUCAAGAAAUGUGGAUCAUGUUUCCAAAUCUACUGAACAUGUGACUGCAACUGACCAUUCCAAAGCAGAAGGUGAAGAUUUGUUAGAUAUGACAAGCCAAUCAGAAAGUUUGUUACAAACCGACAUAGCACAGACUGCAAAGGACUGCACAAAGGUUGAUCCAUCGAAGGCGCUGUUACUUACAGACUUGGUGGUGGACCUAGGCUUACAGACAAUAGAUGGCAGCACCAGCUGGGUGUGUUAUGACUUAGCGAUCUCAGCUUUCAGGACAUUAUUGGGAAGAGGAGUUGAAAGUUUUCUACAAGAAGCUGUGGCAUCCAUCACUACUGAGGAAAGAUGUGCCCACUACCUUCAGAACCUUAGAGAGUUGCUGUGGCAUGAUGGGAAGAGACCAGGUGACCAGGAACAGCCAAUCAUAAGCCAGAUGCAGUAUGAUGUCACAAGGAAACAGGCAGAGAGGUGUUUAUAUGAAGCCUAUCCUGGUUUCCUGGCCCUACUGUUAGAUGAUGAAGACCUGUCCAUGUCUGUGAGGGAGAUCAUGGCCACAUUGGACAGCGUAAAACUAAACAAACACCUCCUGUUCUGUCUGGCAGACGCCCUGUUAGAGCAACUGCUGCCUGAGGUCAAGACAGAAGAGCUGCACAUUAAGCUGUUUAAGUUAGAUACACGUCCUCCAGAUGGAGCCACUUGAUCAGAUGGAGCCACAGGCAGUCAUAUGACACUUCCUGCAGUAUUUGAAACUUAUCCAGUUGGUGGAGACAAUUGACCCUGUCUUCAAGAAUGCUUCUUAACCCAUCAGCUGUAGAUGGACACACUUGACAGUUUCCGGGAAUUGCUUAAAAACUCUUUUAACAAAAGGGGGAGGCACUGUGCAAUGCUCAAGUACAGCUGCUAGAGUCUUUGCCAAUAGGUGAACCCAUUGCACUUGCCAAGAAAAGCAGCAUGAUGGCACAAGGAAAAAGACAGACAGGUGUUUAUAUGAGGCAGUUGCACUCAUUUUGGUACUAACUUCUGUCUUACAGAUGGAAAAACUUAGUGUUAAAAAUAUUCACUUGUAGCGUUGUUAUUAUAAAAAAGUUACUGAUGUCAUAUUGAUUUACAGUCCACAACAGUUCUUGUGUGAGUCUACCUCUGAUCUCGUUGGUUUAAUUUUGUUGAGAUGAUAUGAUGUUAUUUAUUUUUGUGGAGUUAGUUUGCUGUUGUAAUUAUGUUUUGUGAUUUGUAGUCAUAGUAUGAAUAGAGAGGUAUGUUUUCUUUAAAUGUUUGUGCCAAUUUAUGACAAUUAUGAUAACAACUUCUUAAGAUUGCCAUGAUUUCUAUUCUACUCUUGAUACUUAGAGAUUAUGUUUGUUGUUAGAAGUGGGUGGUAGAUGUAUUGUGAUUAAAAAUUAUUGCAUUAAUUUUUACUCAAUUUUGUUAUGCAUUGGGUCAUCAGAUGAAAUCAGUUGGCCUUUGAUAUUAAAAUGUUUUUGCUCAUUAUUAACUUAUAUGAAUGUAUAUCUAUUAUAUAUAUUAAUAUAUACUGCAGUAUAUUACAGGUUAUCUGUCUAAAUGUAAUGAAAUUAUGAAUCGGUGGCCAGAGCAUGAUGUUCGUUUACUUGUGACAUUUUUCUUCGAGUCAGAUGCAUGAGAUGUUUAUUUUUGGGUACUUAUCAGCAUGAGAUUCUGAAAUAAUAUUACUCAUUUCUAUGUUUGAUGAGUUCAGUAAUAUAUUUCAUGUACAGACAAACAUGCAAUGUUUGAGCACAAGGUGCACCUUUGCAGUUCUGCAUUUGUUUCCAAUUAGGAAAUAAAGUGAUGAUUUUUGGUAGAGAAAUGGAAUAUAUAGGGUUUGGAAGAAAAUGGGAGUUUGUGCAAUAAAGAUACUGAGAAUUAUUAUUAUGGUACUUGGCCUGAGUUUCCACCUAAGUGGUUAUUAAAAUAUAAAGGAAUUUUAAGUUUGGAAAGUUGGCAAAUUAAAAAAAAAAUCAAGCAUUUCAGUGCACAAUUUACAUACUGAGGUUUGUAGUCUUCACCGUCAUUUUUUGUUUAAAUUACAUUAACGUAAUUGAUAAGUACAAUAUUGCUAACAUUUUGUUGUGUGCUGCUUAUUAGUAAUUAUAUUAAAUGAGUAAGUUAAGCCAGUGCAUUGAUGAGGUUAUCAGGCAUAAAAAAUCAUCACACAUUUUCAAUGUAGAAUUUUAUAAAAAUUAUUACGGCACAUUUCGUAAGUAGUAAGAUUUCUUUGCUUUGGAAAUUAUCUGUGAUAAGCGUAAGUGUCAUACAAAUGUAUUCCAAUAAAUGAACUUGUUGAAGUAUUA